GUCUUUACUUUCUUCAAUUGAUGUGAUCACUUGAUCCAAAUUGUUUACUUGCUAUAAGAAUGACGAAAGAUUUGUUGGAAGAGCUUCGGCAGCAUAACGCCAUUCCCGAGCAGCAACAAUAUGAUGGAAGUCAGGUACAACCCCCUGUGGCGGAUGAUUUGAUGGAGCAAUUUUUCACAGAAAUUGCAUGGAUCCGAGAAGAGGUUGAGAAGAUCGAAGGUUACGUUUCCCAACUGCGCGUCAAUUACAGCGAAGUAUUAUCAGCCCCUCAGCAGAAUGAAAAUACAAAACGACGAAUCGAGCAGCUUACUAAUCAAGUCAAGGCAGCCUCCGGACAAGUUCUUCUGAAGCUGAAACAACAAGAACAAGCCAUUCAUGAACUUGAAUCAGUCGACCCCUCGCUGGCAACCGUUAGAAUCCGUCGAACUCAGCACUCUGCCAUCACUGCGCGAUUCGUGGACGUCAUGUCACUGUACAGCAAAAUCCAGAUAGCUUAUCGAGAUUCUUGCAAAUCUCGAAUUAAAGUAAAACUGGAAAUCGCUGAGUGUCCUCGAACCGAUGAAGAAAUCGAACAGAUGCUUGAGUCAGAUAACCCCCAAAUUUUUACACAAGGAAUCCUUAUGGACACACAACAGGCUCGACAAAACGCUGCUGACAUCGAGGCCAGACAUGAGGAUAUCUUGAAAUUGGAAAAAAGUAUUAGCGAAUUGCACGAAUUGUUUCAGGAUCUGGCUACCCUGGUUUCAACGCAGGGUGACCUGAUCGAUACUAUACAGCACAAUGUGAAUGCCACUAGAGAUCACGUAGAAGUUGCCAAACAGGCCACACACAAAGCGGUUGAAUACAAGACCAAAUCCCGAAAGAAACUAAUCAUUAUCUGCUCCGUCGUCGGUGUUAUCCUGCUUAUUGUGAUUCUCUCCCUGAUCGGCACGCUUGUCCCUCGUUAAUGAAUUCAACCGACCUACACGGUUCCCCCUCUGUUCGAAUGUUCUGUUUUCUCAUCUGGGAGUGAUCAGUUUUGGCAGCUUGAGGUGUUAAUUUCGUGUUUUUGUUUCUGUCCCAUGAUAUCGCUUACCUAACGAAUUCGAACCCGUUGGACUAAUAUACCAUCAGUAACUUUAACCAGGCGUCCUUUAUGCGGUUUGCUCUGUUGGUGCAUUUAUCACGAUCUAGUUCCCAAAGAACGGGAGUAGAUAUCUUUCGUUAUUCCUUCUUUACCAUUGCUUACUCGUUCCUGUGGCACCUGUAUUAGUGCGCCAUAUUUUGAUUCGACAAACAUUUUCUUAUGCAAAUUUUUUCUAGAAAAUAUAUCAAUACGGUAUCGCCACCUUGAGUUUUCCGCUUUGGCAAAUUUUAUGUACAUGGGCAUCUUCCAUUGAGAUGAGACUGGACCUUAAUGUGAUAUGGUUGUUUGCGUGCCUCAACUAUCCAUUUAGCUAUACUAGGAGGUGCUUUCUGCACCUUCAGACCCACUCAUGCCAGACUGGUCAAUGGUUAGAGGCCAGACGAACUCAGUCUCCUGCCCCUCGAGGUUGAGGGUUGGAGUGAGGAUGGCUCCUUAUUCCUUAAAACAGACUCCUUGUAGCCCACUGCCAAACCCGCUGCCUUGUGAUCACUUUUUUGCACCAAAGGCUUUUGUUGAGAACCUUAAUCGUUCUCGUUUAGGCCUGGACAACCUGAAAGUAACUUACCC